UAAUUCAACUUUACAACAAGAAAAAGCACAGAAGGAAACAGAAAUCGUCCGCUUGAAUAAAGAAAAAAAAGACCAACAAAAACAAAUUAAUUCUUUGCAAACAGAAAAGAGCCAACUAACCUGA